AUGGUGGAAUCGAUCAUUUUGGUUACAGGAGAUAUACAACUCUUGGCCAGUGCAAAAGUAUUGAUAUCGGAUUUUGGUGAAUGUGAAAUUUUAGACCAACUCUCUGAACGUGAUAGAACUAGUGCUAGUGCUACUGGAGCACUAGAAAUUAUGGCACCAGAACUAUUAACCGGUCGUUAUUUUUUAAAGAAUACUCAAAAAUCAGAUAUGUGGUCACUUGGAAUGGUACUUUAUUAUUUAUGUUACUCAAGGCUUCCAUAUUAUCAAAUUGAAGAUGUUGAUAUGUUGAAACAAGAAAUUAUACAUUUUAAUAGCGUAUCCUUUCCAGAUAAUGGUAUGACUAGUAAUCGUAGGAUUUCUAGUCAACUUAGAAAUUUAAUUACAUGCUUAUUGUCUCGCAAUGCUAAAAGAUCCACUCCCAUAUUAGAUAAUGAUAUAAGAACUUCAAAUUCUUCACAUGAAAGUUGUUCACAUUUAGAACAUGAGAAACUUUCACGAAUUCCAUCAAAUACUAGUACAGUUACAACAAAUCCUAAGUUAAGAAGACGAAAAAUAAAUGUUGAAGCUACUGAUAAGAUAUCAAUAACACCGAAUAUUAUUAAUACUACCGUUGAACCUGAUUUUGUUGUUGAACAGAAUGGACCAUUUCAUGAAAACUCGACAGCAGCAAUUCAUUUGUCUUCAUCUCCAAUUUUGAUAUCACGAUUACCAUAUAUCAUUUAUUCAUAUAUAUUUGAAGACAUUAGCUGGUGGAAACUUUUAAAACUUGUUAUUAUGGUUUUAAAGGUUAUAACAUGUUUAACACCUUGUUCCCCUUAUUUACCUUCACCUUGG